GUGGGAUUUUCGGAAUACGGAUAGGCGAAAAAGAUAGAGCCACCGUGUGGGUUCUGUGAAGGUGUUGGUGCAGGAAGAAGUGUUGCUGGAGUUGUGUGUGUUUGUAACAACCAAAGAGACAGGAACGAAUUUCACAUUUUCCCUGGUGUAUAGAGUGACAAGCCGACGCAAAGAUGUCUGUCGCUGGCUUGAAGAAGCAGUUUUAUAAAGCGAGUCAGAUGGUGAGUGAGAAAGUAGGAGGAGCGGAAGGCACUAAGCUGGAUGAAGACUUCAAGGACCUGGAGAGGAAGGCUGAUAUCACCAGUAAGGCCAUUGUGGAAGUGUUGUCCAGAACGUCAGAGUAUCUGCAGCCCAACCCAGCAUCUCGGGCCAAACUGUCCAUGCUGAACACUAUGUCUAAGAUUCGGGGGCAGGUGAAGAGUACCGGAUAUCCACAGGCAGAGGGAGUUUUGGGGGAGUGCAUGGCCAGAUACGGCCGCGAGAUGGGGGAGGACACCAACUUCGGUGGUGCUCUUGUUGAGAUGGGGGAGUCUAUGAGGAGGCUGGCUGAAGUCAAGGAUUCCCUGGAUAUUGACGUGAAGCAGAACUUCAUCGACCCUUUCCAGACCAUCGUAGACAAGGAUCUCAGGGACAUCCAGCAUCAGCUAAAGAAGGUGGAGGGCCGGAGGCUAGAUUAUGACUACAAGAAGAAACGGCAGGGAAAGAUUCCAGAUGAGGAGCUGCGCGCUUCUCUGGAGAAGUUCCACGAGGCCAAAGAGGGUGCAGAGAUCAGCAUGCACAAUCUCUUAGAAACUGAUGUGGAACAGGUGAGCCAGCUCUCCGCUCUGGUAGAGUCUCAGCUGCAGUAUCACAAACAGGCGGUGCAGGUGCUGGAAGAACUGUCCGAGAAAAUGAGAGACAGACUGAACAAUGCCCAGGCUCAGCCACGUCAGAAGCGAAUGCCCAAGCCAAUGCCCAGCUUUGACUCGGACCCGGAGUCUUCUAACGGGAGUUUCAGCCCAACAUCUGUUCCCUCGAGCUAUAACGCAGCACCUGCUCUACCCACCCGAACCUCUGUACGCCAGAAACGGCAAUCACUGGACCAGCCUUGCUGUAAAGCCCUGUAUGACUUUGAGCCAGAGAACGAUGGAGAGCUGGGUUUCCGUGAGGGCGACAUCAUCACACUGACCAGCCAGAUCGAUGAGAACUGGUACGAGGGCACGCUGCGUGGCCAAGCCGGCUACUUCCCCUGCAACUACGUCGAGGUGGUGGUACCACUUCCUCACUGAAGCCCACUGACUGGAGAAACGAGGGACGGCAGGGAAGAGAGAGAGCGAGAGAGAGAUAUAGAGUUGCAGUGGUGACAAGAUGGAGGGUUAAAUAAAAAGCAGCAAAGGCUGGAGACUUGGAACAGUGUAUGAAUACGAACUACGCCAUGAGACGCAAAAUAUUCUGUUCUUUCCUGUGCAGUUUUUCCAGAAUGUCUCUUCAGUCAGAUUACCAGUGGAGGUGGGUCUCUAAAACACUAUCAUAUCCAGAAAUCUUGCCCUGCCCUCUUAAUGAGUGACUGAGCCAAGAGAGAUUAUAUUCUAUAUUUUCCCUAAAUCUUAUUUUUUUCCUUCAGAAAUAUGUUAAACACAGUCUCUCUCUCUUUUUUUAUCAUAAUGUACAUCAUCCGAUUCUGUCCCUCUUCCGUCUUCCCUUCACAAUUAUGUAAACAGGCUUGUCUUUGCGUUUUUAAUCAAGUGGACCUCAUUUUUUUGUGUGUGUACUCUCUGCCCCCUAGUGGCCAUACCAUGAUACAACACCUCAAACCAUUUGAAGUAUAUGCACCAGCUUUUCACCGGCGUACUUGAUUCCGAUUCUGAUUUCUUCUGCUCUUUUUGUACCGAAUAGUUUGACCUUUUGAUAAGAGUUACUUACGUCCAGAUCUUUUUGCCAACGAAUCUGAAGGUCAGACCAUAAUCAGCCUACAACUCGUGUUUAUUUGCUAACAGUGUUGCUCAGACGUCCCUGUAGUUUUAUAGUCCGGCUCUGCGACCCUGACUAAUGAUGCUUGACCAUUUCUCUAGCUGGUUAGGAGAAAUGAUAAGGAAAGAUUUGUUUAGAUUUAAUCCAUAAAUCAGGACUCAACCACCUUGAUGUUUGUUUACAGCACACAGCACUUGAUUGGAAGAAGUGCCUGGAGUGUUAAUGUGAGUGAGUGACAAUCUGGCCAAAAAUAAGAACAUUUUCAGCUUCUUUUUUUUUUGGCCUUGGUUUCAACAUAACUCCUCUUUUAUUAGGUUCUCUUCUUUCAGAUAGUUUUUGUUUAUCGAGGCCAAGAAACUCCUGUAUUGCUCUGUAUUGCUCUCAGUUCCUUCGUGAAAAAUGAUUAGACAUGAUCUGAUACAGAGGUGGACAAAUCAUAAAUAAAUUACCUAACGCACUAGCCAAGUAAAAGCUCUAAUGUGUUGCCCAGUCUCGUGUUUUGGUGGCCCAGAAACCGAAAUGAUGGCUAAAAGUGGUAGCUAUAUUAAUGUAAUAACAUAGCUAGGUAGUUAAGUGCAUUAAUAUAUUCUACUCUAAUUAUAAUCCUCUUCUAGCACAUCAUGUUUGCAGCCUCGACAAAAAAUCCGCAAGUAGUUGGCCAGAGUUUUAGCUAUGACAUUAGCUUCUGUCCUUACACUGCACAAAAAGAUAGUAUGUGAGUUUGGCUAGCAUCUGUAUUUUCUCUCUAUGUGUUUAACCUUGAUGGGACUGCAGGAGAGUUUUACUCUGGCUUUGUGCUGCACUUUAUUUUGCUCAGAUUCAUCAGCGUUAACGUCUGCGUGUUCGUGAUCCAGAAGAUCUGUGUUUGCUAAUUAAUCCACCUGGUAAAAUCCGUUCUGCCGUCACCCAGAGCGCUCCUCAGCCGAUGUGUGUAGUGCAGCAGGCAGUGGGAUUUGGCAUGAAUAGCGCACCACCAUGAAGCGAUUUAAGCUUGAAUAUAGCUACAUAACAAAUGAAAACGUUUUGUUUUGAGAAAGUCAAAAAAGUAGAAAGAUUUUCUUUUCUUUUCUGGUUAGUAACUCGUCUACUACUCGUUCGAAUAAAAAAAUCAAUUUAAAAAACGUUCACAGCGUCAAGUUAUGUCACACCACCCUAAAGCGCAUUCGUUCACGCAUAGCUACAUAGCGGGCUCCUAAGCAGUGCAACAGAAAAGCGAUCAUUCUAUCGUCUGGAGUGUUUGAAUCCCAACGGUGCCAGGUAGCAAAACUGGUCCUGCUCUCUGGGUGGGCGAGAUGCUAUACUCUCUCUCUCGCCUGUCAAUCACAGUGAUGCUAGCCAAUCGUGGGCGUCUUUGAGCUCAUGUAUGUGGAAGAGGGCGGAUAGCGCUUCUCCGACGAGUGUAUUGCGAUGUCCAGCAUGUUGAAAAGAUGAGUUUGGUUGGUGUCACGUUAGCAUUCAGAUGUCGUGUGAUGUGGGCGAGCUGGCUGGGGGGUGGGAAUUAGCAGGUGACCAAAUUGGGGAGAAAACAUAGUUACAUUCCAAAUGAAAACGUUUGUUUUGCAGACUUAAGACCUACUUGUCCAUUGAGCAGCUACAAAUAACAACAAACAACUUUUGCUUUGUCCACCUCUGUAAUAUGAAACUUGUAAGGUAAAGGGAAACUGAGCUAUUGUAACAUCCUCUUUGAAUUUGACCCGCACUGUGUACAUGUGUACUGUGCUUUAUGGUGUAAUGCGAUCCUCCCCGGUUCUUCCUGUCUGGAUGAAGCAGAGCUGCUUUCUGUACGAGUCUGUACGAGUCUAAGCUGAACCUAAAGACAAAUCUUUGACCUAUUUCAUGACUUUAUCUAUUUUUAAUGUUCAAAGUUGUUUCGUGUGUGUGAUUGCACAACAAUGUGUCAAAGGAUGCACAUGGUUUUGUUUCAGGGUUUUUCACCUGCACUUUUUUUUAAACUCACAAACUGCUUGAUGCAUAAAAUGAAGCCUGGAAUUAAAAGCCAGAGCAAGAAUCUGGGUUUUCAUCAAGAGUUUUCACUCAUCUUCCAUGUCUGGGCGGAUCUAGUAUUAUCUCUGCUUAUCCUUUACAGACUGUUUUUUAUAAGCGACACUACAGGACAAGCCUUAUAUCAGGAUCAAUCUUCUGUAGGAAACCUUUUAUGUUUUUUUUUUUUUUUUUUCCCUGAUUUUUCUCAUUAGCUGCUAUCUUUUAUUAUUCAGCUUUAAUUAAAACUGGUCCAUUUCUCUUCUGAGUUCACUCUACCACGUGCACAUUUUUGUAAUGGGUGAUUAAUCAGCACAGUGAAAUGAGGUGUCGGUCUUUUGUAAUGAAGUGCAUUGUGGUAGCGUGUGUAGUUUUUUUUUCCCGUUCUGCUGUAAUGCUUCCGAGGACAAUCUGGGGAGGGACUCCGUACGGUAUUUAUAUGAGGUAUUAAACUGCGAAUCCAAAUGUCACCGGAUGAUAUUUUUAAAAAAUAUAUUUUUCAUAUGUGGAAUAUUAACUACUAAAAGUAAAAUAGCUUUAUUUUAAUACAUCGCAAAGACAACUAGGCCACACAUUACGUAAUAUGCGAUAUGAAUUUAAUGCUUACCUUCUUGUAGCUUUAGCAUCUUGUCUUUAAAGGGCUCCAUUUUGAAAUCAGGUUUAUAUUUGUGAUAGGUUUUAAAGCCUAAAACAUUUGUGCCUGUGUCUCUCUUCCGUUAAUGUUUGAAAUGUUUCCCUGUUAUUACAGUGAAUAUGACUAAAAAGAUAUAUUUUUCAUCUUAAAUAAACAGACAAAUGGAAAAAAAUCUGCGUUCUCUGCUUGUGAAUUGUGCAUUGAUAUUACUCUUAGGCAAUAUGGCGGUUAAGCAGGUAGCGUUGCCAUCUUACAGCUAUAGGUUUGAUCCUGAGCUCAGGUCACUGUCUGUGUGGAGUUGCACAUGUUGUCCCGGUGUCCAUAUGAGUUUCCUCUGGGUUCUCCAGUUUCCUCCCACUGUCCAAAAACAUACCAGUAUGGCAGGGUGUCCAAAGUCUGACCCCAGGGCCAAAUGCAGCAUGUGGACAGAUGUUAACUGGCCCGGGGCGUCUCUAUUAGAAUGUAUGAUAGUUAGACUGUGUUAACGGUUACAAUUUAAGAGCCUUUUUUUUCACACUGAAUACACCUGCAAAUUAAUUUACACAGUGAUACUUGGUCAUGGUUUCAGACAAAAAGCACAACGUUAACAGUGAGGAGUGAAAAAGAGCUGGAAGCCACGAAGCAUGGAAAUCCUUUUAAGAAUUCUGGAAAGAGUACUUAACUAAAGUGGACUUGCAACCAAGUAUUAAAAAUGACAAUUUAAUUUAUGACUGUUAGUUUGGCUAAUAACUUUUGGUCCCUGAAAUAGGGGGGGACCACAUAUAAAAAGUGAGACACCCAGGGGGUAUUGUGGCCUCUUGUUCGGUGUUCCCGGGAUUGACUCCGGAUCCACCGCAACCCUGACCAGGAAAAAGCAGUUACUGAAAAUGAAAAUAUUCCUUUUUUUAAACUAUAGGGUUAGUCUCAAACUAUAAUCAAACUAUACUAAUUGUUUAUCAUUUUUGUAGUGUAUUAAGCAUGUCUUCUUUAAGGUGUUGCUGUAGUUUGAGGAUUCCUUUGAUUUAUAAUAAUGAAACAAUAUACAGUGAAUAAGAUAUUUAUUAUUAUUAUUAUUAUUAUUAUUAUUAUUAUUAUUAUUAUACUGCAGCUUUGUUGAAUUCUCCGAUCUGGUUGGUCCGAAGGUUUUGAUUCAUUUUGUAUAACAGUAGCACUGAUAGUAGCGCUAUAUAUUCAUGAGCUUCUUCUAAUAGGUUAUCGUUUCUAUGGUAACAGCUCAUUCAUAGGGACCUGUAUGGUGGACAUAAUCUAAGCCUAAUAAUAAACAGAUUAAAAAGAAGUGAUGUUAUUUAAGAAAAAGAAAAAUGUAUAAUCGUUGAUAUGGUAACAUAGUAUAAGCAAUACAGUUUUCUGUAAGGUGAAUUUAUUUAUUUAACGUUUACAGAAGGAGUCUCCAGUGUCAGUGUUUUGUAACAGUCAGUAAGUUUUCCGCCACACGAGAGUCUUCCGGUUUCCAGUUUCUCUGAAACAUGCCAAGCUGCUUUUUUUGUUUGUUUCUUUACUUAAAGAGACAGAAAAAAAGAGUCUGGUGAGAAAAUGAAUAUUUAAAGCUGUUAUCAUAUGAUAACAUGGACUAACCUGUGGACGUUCCGCAACAUUAAAUGUAACUAUAAAUGGAUAAAAAGUAUGAUGUGUACUUCAUUAAUAAAUUGCCGUGGUAUAAGAGAUAAAACACUUCUGGACAUGCUGUUGUUGGAAAAUAGUUGACUUCAGAGUAGUAACCAUCCCAGCAGUGAUGUUUUCCCUAUAACAGCAGUGUUAUUCCUUAUAUUACAUUAAAUUAUAGCCAACUGAGCUAUGAAUAUUGAUGGCUGUCAUAUUGUCAAGUGUUAUAUGAAAUGUUCUACUCUUAUAAAAAUGGUUGCUAUAAGACUCAUACACAAGCACAAACUCUAGGUUUUUGCGUUUGUUUACCUCACCAUCAUAAAAAAAAGGUUGCUUUAUGCUCUAAAUUCCUUGAGGGAACAAUCUAAUCAGAGCCUGCCAUAUUGGCCAUGCCGGAUAUGAGCUGUGAGCAGACUAUUGUGUGUCUGUGAGGAUUCAUCUAUUUGCAGAUAGAUUUUGUCUGCCAGCUUUCACCCAGAGAAGGCGUGUCAUGGUUUUUUUUUCUGGCAUGCUAUACAGUUUAUGGAAAGCCAAAAGCUCCAAAACAACCUACUUUUGCCGAAAGCUUCAUGAUCAUUCAAUUUACUUUCUGUUUUUUGAUAUUAGAAUUUGGUUAUCAUGGGAUAAGACCUUGUUCAGAGCUCGUUAUCAUGAUGCAUCGUGUUUAAAUAUCCUAUAAUUACAAAGUUCUUCAUCAGUUCUACUUAAUGCUUGUGAUCCUCUGCCAUUUAUACACUGCAUAUUAUUCACAUCUGUUCACAUCUGUGACCUCAUGAGAUGUUUAUUAGUCUGAAACUGAGCCAGGACCACACUGAUAGUAGAUGAUGGAUGGUCUCGCAUGCCUCCCUUUCUAUUCAGAGAUAUUUAUUUCAGUUUUGACAUAGAUGCCUCUCUUAACUACUCUUUCAAGUGCGUUGUUUUUUUCUGGCCAGAAUGUGUACAUUACUAAUCUCAAAGAAGUUUCCUUUGGCCUUUAAGGGGAGAUAGACUGCUGAGUGAUGAAUCUACGUCUGAGGAAUCUGCCCUCUUGUCAUGAGACAUCUGUUUAUAAUACUACACCCCAGUAUGAUGUUUAUUUCAUGAUGUCAUGAGCGUGCCUCGCACACAUUGCUUAAAUAGCAAGGAUUCCGUAUCAUUUAGAUGGAGAACUGAAGAAGAGGAAAGAGGAGCAGUGAAACAUCAACAUGAGCUGAAGUCUGGUAAGACUUACGGAAACAGGACAAAAUAUUAUAGUAGGAACAUAGUGUUCAAACUGCGAAUAAUUAUGCAUAUGCUUAUAGAGCACUUCAAAUAUGUAAUGCACUGGACGUCACAGGCAAUGUGCUUCCUCUUCUCCAUACAUGAAAUGUAACUACACCACUGAACCCCACCCUGAAAUACUCCCAAAUACUUAUACAGUUGAGGUCAAAAGUUUACAUCCCCCUUUCAGAAUCUGCCAAAUGUUUAUUAUUUUAGCAAAAUAAGAGGGAUCAUACAAAAUGCAUGUUAUUGUUUAUUUAGUGCUGACCUGAAUAAGAUAUUUCACAUAAAAGAUGUUUACAUAUAGUCCACAAGAGAAAAUAAUAGUUGAAUUUAUAAAAAUGAUCCCGUUCAAAAGUUUACAUCCCCUUGAUUCUUAAUACUGUGUUGUUACCUGAAUGAUCCACAGCUGUGUUUUUUUGUUUACUGAUAGUU